AUGCCUACAGAGGAUGAAGAGAUCGGAAACGCAACCGGCGCCGCCGUGCCUAUCCUACCUACAACUUCGAGCAACGCUAGACGACCGACACGAAGAGCAGAUCCUUUCCUCAUAGUCUGUAGGUGUUUCAGUCUGAUUACCGCCAUAGCUGUAAUUCUCUGCAUCGCCGUCAAUGUCCUCUCUGCUAUUCGCUCAUUCCGAAACCCUAACUCUAUUUUCGAUGGUAUAUUUCGUUGUUACGCUGUUAUCAUUGCGGUUUUUGUGGCUCUCGCUGAGACUGAAUGUAGCUUCAUUUUUAAGUUCUGGCAGAUUCUGGAGUAUUGGGCAGCCAGAGGUAUGCUGCAGAUAUUCGUGGCAGUGAUGACCAGGGCUUUCCCUGACUAUAAUGGGGAGCGAAAAGAUCUUGUUAUUCUUCAAAACAUUGCAUGCUAUUUGCUUAUUUCUUGUGGCCUAGUUUACGUUGUCUCGGGAAUCCUUUGCGUCGGUUUUCUUAAACGCCAUCUCCAGAAGAAGGAGAUCACUAGAGAGCAAGCAGCCAAGGAUCUUGAGGAGUUGGAACGGCGUAGAGAAGAACUUGAAUCACUGCUUGUGACAGAAUAG